AUGUGCACCUUCAAAUUUGUUGCAGCUCGUCAAGCUCAAAAAAGAGGGAAGAUGAUGUCUCCACCCAGCUCCACGUCCUCAGUUACUCAGUCAUCGGCCCGAAAUAACCCUGAACUACCCACCGCCAUUACGCCGAUGAACUCGGAGACACUAUGGACGACCCUUCAGCCUCCUAUGGAGCAAGAAACAUGUCUCGACGACAUGAUUUGGACUGGUCUGGGACCGAAUAAUUUUCUUGAUUUCGACAACUUCAUGAACAGCGACUCCCAAGAUUGGAUGGAUCUGUCCGAGAGAACUCCUGCCAAUGAAGUUGUUGAAGGGCGCAAUGUUGCUGAUGCUAUCGUUCCGGCAGCAGCAUCAGUUUUGAGCCCGACGGAGUUUACGACAAAACAAUCAGACGAGAACCGCCAGAAUUUCCAGUUCGGUGACGGCGCAUUGUCGGGGUUCUGGCAUGGAAGCCCAAUUACCCUGCUAAACUCCACCGCCGUAGCUGAACAAAUGGCCAAGAACCUUUAUCGGGUCUAUGAUACGAUGAUGAUCGGGUUGGCAAGCAGAUAUCUAUCAUAUACCUGCAACCAAUUUGCUGGAACGCACGGGUAUAUCAUCGAAGCGGAGAGCCAUGAAAAUCGGAUCAUCGAUUUCAACCACAAAAUCUGCGAGAAUUUAGAAAGUGGCAUUACAUCAGAAAGAAGUCCAUGCGAACAGACAGUCGAGAGACAGGGCAUAGCACAGUGCUCAGGGAAACAAGUCGAAUCGUUCAGACGAAUAACACUGAUAGGAGUUGCUCGUUUCUUGGACAAUUUUGGAGCCCUGUAUGGGAACAAGCUUGAUCGGGAAAAGCGCAAGUUAGAUGAAGCAACCUUCAAGUCCGUUUUGCAAGCUUUUGCGUUACAAUUCGGAUCACCGGAUGACCUUGAGUUCAGUUGCGCAAAUGUCCCAACAGUCAAAACCAUGAAAGGUGUCUCGGACGCCGCACCUAAGGCAAAGGCCACACAAAUGUUUGCAGCAGCGUGGUUCGACGCACAUUCUAAUCUCAUGAAGUCACUCAACCACGGGUCGUUUGUCCAUUUAUACGCGGUCUACCUAUUCCACAUGACGGCACAACCUGAAGAGGCCCGCUUGAAAGCCGAGUUCUCAGAUAGUCCUGUUUACUUCCUGGACCGUGCCCUACUUCAAUCACGAAGGCUUUCUAAUCUUUUGGGAGAGUUUUACUCACAUCUCGACUCGAAAUCGGUCUAUAGAACUCUCUUGGAUUCAUCGCACCGGAUUUUUCGGUGGUUUGGGUACGUUCGCGAUACGAUGGCGUCUCUCCUCUGCGAUCGCCGCUGUACGAUGGAAGACUUGCCAAGCUCGACAGCAGAUACCGUCCCGAGGAUGUGUGCGACUUUUCUACCGCCUGGGUUGGAAGACACAAUAGCGGAGACAUCGCAAAGGGCCAGUCGCCCUUUUUUCAGCUUGUUCCGACAAAUAAGUCACCUAAAGCAUUUUAUUCAGAAAGAUCCACAAAGCCUCGACGAAGAUGAAAUCCUUGCCCGUAUCAACUUGUUGACAAAAGCUGUCGACACCUUCCAUGCUGGUCAUGACGAUUGGAUGGAUCAAUGCUUGAAUAUCUUCUUGCAGUUGUCUACACAAUCGAAGCAAUUUGCCGGUUUGUCUAAGCCCCCAUUCCCAAAACAACAUCGAGGUUAUUCUAAUGUGUUUGUCUGUCAACUAGGCUUUCUGGUUCUAUUUUGGAAUCUGGGCGUACUCUGCGUCGUCGAGGUGAUAAUGGAUGCGAGCAAGAUUAUCCACUCUUCAAGCAAAGCGCUGGUGUUGAAAACGGCUACCAACUACCGGGAAAAAGCCAUAUCCCGUUGCGUGUCUGUCGCUGAGCGGAUGAACGAAGCAUCUACAGAUGGAGAUUUCCGAUUCUCAGACGUCCGGGAAAACAGCCUGUCCUUGAUUUCGCACCAUGCAAAUACCAGCGUGACAGUCCUAGCCUUGGUGAAGGCUAUUGAACAUGCAAUUUGUAGCACUAUAUCGCCGGGGAUCCCGUCGGUUGUCUCUAUGGAUCUAAAACCUUCAGCAAUGCCAUCUUUAGAUCUGAUGCUAUCGCUGAGACCGCUACUAGCCUGUCUCUCAGUACUUCAACAGACAGUGUCUGGUGAAUGCAUUGCACGACCUGCUCUCCAGGAUCUCUUGCGUCGGUACGGCGACAUUUUAUUGGAUUGUUGGAGCCUCGACAUAUUAGAUACAUAA